UGUGUGUGUGUAAAAAAACGUAAACAAUGUUGUUGGCUGAUCAAGUGCGGUAAGUUUUUUAAUAAUUAAGUUCUUAAUUUUACGUAAGUAAGUGCCAUUUUAGCUAAAGAAAGUGGUAGAAGUCCUUCCCAAUGUGUGCUGGCUCCGUCGGAAGCGGUACGUGCAUGUACCGGCGUAGGAAAGUGGUGUGAUGAACAACACAGCAUAAGACAACGGAUAUAAUGCAGAAACAAUAUGGGCCUGCCGCAGGUGUUUGCGACUGUGCGUUGCAUUUUAUAUGAUUCGGUAUGUUCGCCAAUUUUCCUCUAUCCUGGAACAUGGGGUUACGAGGAACCGUUCAAGAAGAUCCCCCGGAAGCUGUACGGCGACGAGUCGGGCUCUACCAGCACCAUACGCUAGAGGCCCAGCCGGCACCGGGUGCCCCGAUUGCGCCGCCGGACGGUGUCGAGGAAAAAACGUUGAAACGUUCGGGGCAGGAAUUCAACCCUUCGGAUCUGCAUUAUCCGCUGUCCCACAAUAGCUGCAGCAGCAACAGGACCGAACCGACCGCACUACUGAUUGCGGUCAAAUUUCCUGGCAGGAGAAAAAACCCCACAAGUGUAUCGAUUUCAUCGACGGUCGCUCGCUGGCAGCACCAACAUACCACCGAAUAACCCCGGAAAGGCGACAAACACUCAUCACAGUGGCGACAGUGGCAAAUUGUUAACGUGAACCCACUUCCGCCCAUCUACACGACAUCGCGUUAAUAGUGUUAUUGUGUUAAUUGGAAAAAUAACUUUAUGUUAACGAGUUAAGUUUAAUCUUAAGUGCGCUUUAAGUCAUAAAUCGAUAUGCCUAAUUUUAUGUUAAGUGUUUUGAAAUGUGCGUGUGUGUGAAGGGGCGGAAUAAGCGCUAAUUUUGCCCCGUGGUCUUGAGGGGCCCCAAAAAAGGAACCCACCCCCCACUCGCAAGUAAAAUUGCUACCCAAUCCUUCUCUAGUUUAGAGAAUUUCCCUGCUAGACGCUUAAACCAAACUUACAUUUAUGCGACUGCUUAGGGCAUCCACCCGUAUGUGCGGGUUUUACACUACAUUUUAGAUAAAUAAAUCUAGUUUAUAUUCUCAUAAAA